AUGCGGUCAAAGGAUGACAGAGAUCCAAAAACUCCUAAAACUCCUCCAGACUCUAAGGCCAGUUUCGCUCUUAAAACCAGUCCAAGUUUUAAACCUGGCUCUGAGUUGAAUCUCAUCUCUAGUUCUGAUGCCCUUUCCAGUUCUAAACCCGGUCCGACCCGGUCAACUUCAAAACCUACUCUGGCCUCUGGGUCUAAGAUGGACCUUGUCGGGUCUAUUUCCCCAUCCUCCUCUAGAACUGCUCUGUCUGGGAACAAAGACGACAACCUCAAGGCUGCAGGCUCCGUUGCUAAGCCCAGUUCAGACCCUAAAGCUGGAUCAGAGUUUUCCAAACCCGGACCAGUUCAGUCUAGUUCAAAGUCAGCUCUGGCAGAUUUGUCUACCCCCUUGACGCUCUCUCCUAGACCUGGCUCAGCAAGCAGGAGUCCUGUGUCUGGUCCUGAUAGAAGUCUUGGGUCUAAUCUAGUUGGACCAAGCAGGGAGGUCGAGAAGAGUCCUUGUUCUGCUCCAAGUCCUGGUGUGAUUUCGGGCCCGCUCGCUCCUCUGGCCACCUCCACCCCAAAAACUAGAACCACUGUCGCCUUGACAACAAGGGGAGGAUCCGCAUCGGAGCUUGCAGCAUCUGUUGCUGUGGAAACAAAUCCCAGCAGCACAUCCCACAGUCUGACUCGAGGUCUCACCUUUGACCAAAUCACCAGGACACCAGCGAAAACAGGUGCUGCCGUUGAGGAAGAUCAUUUGAAACUGCCGGAGACCAAGGUGACAGCUCUAGGCGGUCCGGUGGGAUCCCAGGGGGCUGUGCGAGGGUUAGGAGUGACUGACACUGCAGGGUGGUCACCAGGAGAUACCAGAAGGAUAUCAGGCACCUCACUGAGCAAACCAGGUCACCUGGGAGGUGCAAAUGCUAUCGCUGCGGGUAGCAAUAUCCCAUCGUCAAGGGCAACGGGAGUAGCGAGUAAGAAAGAAGAGAAAACGAAGCAGGAGAGGGAUCUUGGGAGUUCUCCCUCACCCCUCCGUCCUUUUCCUCCUCCUUCCCUUCAUCCACUGAACUCCGAGAGGGUCAGGGAAAUAGCGACCAUGACCGACUCCUGUGAGAGGCUCCAUUUGCGGGGAGGGGAGCAGAGAGAGGUGGGCGUCCAGGUGGAGGUGGAGGUAGUUGAACGCUCAGCUUCCACCAGCCCCAGCCUCCACAGGGACGCUCCCACCUCCUCCCUGAUUUUCUCCCCCAGCUGUCAGGCCAGUAGUUUGACCUCACCAUCGUGCUGCAUCCCACCUGGCCAGCCGCCCUUCCAGCACGUUUGCAAGAUCGACAUUGAGCUGCGCAGCCAAUCAGUUUUUCCCUCUGUUGUGACUGACAAGGCUAGUUCCCUUCCCGCCUGUCUGCGCACGUACAGCUUCCAGCAGAGCCCCGGCCUCAUGUCAGAGCUACAACGACAAAACCAAGACAGAGAUGUCAGCGAUGAGAGUUUCUGGGAGGACAGGGAGGAAGAGGAGGACAAAGGGGAUGACGAAGUAGCAAGAGAGCAAAAAGAGGAGGAAGGGGAUGAGGAUAAAGAGGAAAUGGCAGAGAUGGUGAGGCCACAGGAGGUGGCGUGGGACGAGCAGGGGAUGACGUGGGAAGUGUACGGCGCCUCGGUGGACCUGGAGUCCCUGGGUACGGCGAUCCAGUCCCACCUUGAGUCCAAGAUCCGGGACCAGGAGAAACACAUCAGGACUCUGAGGAAGUCCAUCUGCUCUGAGAGCAGCAUCAGAGGAUAUAAGAUGAAAAAAAGGAAGAAGAGGAGAGGAGGGAUUCUGGGAUGUUGCAGGAAGGCGCCGGCUGUGGCAGACUGA